AUGGAGGCCUCAGGGGCGCAGCUCCAAAGUUUGGAGGCGCCAGGCCCUGCGCCUUUCCGAGAGGCCCCGCCGGCCGAAGAGCUGCCGGACCCGGAUGGCCUCUGCCUGGAAAAUGGCGAGAAUAGUAGUGGCCUCUCUGAGGCUGCGGACCCCGACGCUCAUCCUGGGGCCAGCGCCCUGUCCGCAGAUGAAGAGACAACCUUCCAGCACCAGGAGAUGCUGGAAUGCCGCCGCGCCCGCCGCGCCCGCUCUUUCUCGCUGCCGGCCGACCCAAUCUUGCAGGCGGCGAAGUCAUCGGAGCCGCCGGCGCAGGCCGAGGGGCUGGGCGCCGAGGGAAGCGAGCCGGCCCGGGCCGUACCGCCUAGCCCCGGCGACUGCUGCACCAAGUGCAAAAAGCGGGUGCAGUUCGCUGACGCGCUGGGGCUGAGCCUGGCCAGCGUGAAGCAUUUCAGCGAAGCUGAAGAGCCACAGGUGCCGCCUGCAGCUCUAUCCCGCCUCCGGAGUUUCCCCAUGAGCGCCGAGGAUCUGGAGCAGCUCGGGGGUCUGCUGGCCACGGCGACGACUGCGGCGGCUGUGGCGGCAGUGAAGGGAGCCGCGCCUCCCACGGCGCCCACUCCACCCCAGCUCCGGCCGCUCUUCCAGCUUCCGAACCCCAGAGCCAUGGUAGAGCGCCUACGGCAGCAGCGGGUGUGCCUUGAGCGCGUGGACUGUUCGGCGCCCUGGGGCGCAGAAGUGACUGGCUCGGGCCGGGUCCUCAGUGGUGCUGGGCCGAAGGCCGUGACAGUGCGCUACACCUUCACCGAUUGGCGCUCCUUCCUGGACGUGCCUGCUGAACUACAGCCCGAGCCGGAGGAACUGCAGCCGCCAGGGGUGUCGUCGGGGGUAGCCAGGGUGGAACCCGGGCCCGGGGAUUGCGAGGAGCCGGGCACCGAGCGCUUCCACUUCACUCUGUGCCUGCCGCCGGGCCUUACGUCCGAAGACCAGGAGCAUAAGGACGCGGACACGCUGGGCCCAGCUGUGCACUUCGCGGUCCGCUACUGCUGCGCGCAGGGCGAGUACUGGGACAACAAUUCUGGCGCCAACUACACACUGCGCUUCGCUCGCCCAGCGGAUGCGCCCUGA